AUCACGCGUGGGCACAUUUUCAACACUGCGUGCUUAGGGUGCCCUUACUCCGAGGACCACAGUGGAGUCCAGACAAAAGGUUCGGGCGCUCCCACGCCCCUUCCUCUUGGUGAAUAUACUGUCCCCCUUUGAGGUCCCUUUAUCUGCACCCCCUCCUUCUGAUUCAGGAUGUGUUAGGGAGGCUUGCGGAGGUCAGGGGCUGGGCUGUUUGACCAACCUGGUACAGGGUCUAGCACAUAGCAGGGGGCGUAAAUAAAUACCUUUGAUGACAACAGUCGAGACAGCGGGCAAGGCGAGCUGGGGCUAGAGAUAGGCCGGCCCGCGCCGAGUGGGUGACCUGACCCGAGGGGCGGGUAGCGGUGGCUGUGCCCUCACCCCACCCACGCACCGGGGCCCUCUAGCCUCCCCUCCCCGAGCAUCUAGGGGAUGUGGAUUGCAGUGGCAGGGCUGGCGGCGCUGGCGGGGCGGAUGGACAGAGGAGGGGGCGGGAGGGGGCCUGGUCCCAAGUUCACGCCUCGCUCCCUGCAUCCCACGGUCAGCGGAAGCGAUUAUUCCCCACCGGCGUCUGGCGGGGCGGGGGCGGGCUCGCACCCCGAAGAGCCACGGGCCUCCCCUUGUCCAACCCUUUGAUCGCGCCGUCACCCCGGGCCCCCUCCCUCGGCCCGGGGGUCCGUAUAACUCGAGUCCGUGCCCCUCCCGGUGGCGCACUGGGGUUGGGUAGCGAUGGCCGCAGCAGGGUCCCGCCAGCUCGAGUUCGGGGACAGGGCCGUGUUCCCCGUGUACCCGCCAGUGCACGCAGGAGGGGCGCUCCUGCCGCCCCCGAGCCCCGCCGCCACCCUGCUCCCCACGAACUCCUCAGGCCCCAGCCCGGAGUGUGGCGCCUCGGCCACCUUCGCCGGCUUCCUCGGAAGGGGCCCCGGGCCAGCCCCGACACCCCCCGCCAGCCUGGACCCGCCUGCGCCCCCCAAAGGCGCGGCCGCCCCGUCUGCGUCGCAGCGCCGCAAGCGCACGUCGUUCAGCCCGGAGCAGCUGCAGCUGUUGGAGCUCGUCUUCCGCCGGACCAUGUACCCCGACAUCCACCUGCGCGAGCGCUUGGCCGCGCUUACCCUGCUCCCCGAGUCCAGGAUCCAGGUGUGGUUCCAGAACAGGCGUGCCAAGUCGCGGCGUCAGAGCGGGAAGUCCUUUCAGCCUUCAGCCAGGCCGGCGCUCCUCCUCCAUCCGGAGGCUCACGGAACCGAAGGGAAAUGUCUGAAGCCCUUGCUGCCUCUUGAGGUAGAUGUGAACUGCCUGCCAGAUCCCAACAGGGUUGGAGUGGGCAGCUCUGACCCUAGCUCCCAAGGUCAGAAUUUUGAAACCUAUUCUCCUCUCACUGAAGACAUUGUUUCAAAGCUGGACUCAUGGGAGGAACACAUCUUUUCUGCCUUUGGUAACUCUUGA